AUGUCUCUUCUCCGUCGCCUCCCAUCUUCCUCGACGGUCGUUAACGUUGGCCCCCCGUAUUGCACACACCCUUCCCCAGUAGCAAAAUUUAUAGAAUUCUCCUUCAACAAGACAAUCAUCGAUGAUGAGUACCACACCCAUAACCGGACCUGCACCUUUUCAAAAUCUACGAAGUUUAAUGAUCUUCCAGAUGAUAUCAAGAGGACGUUGAAACUAUCGAGACUUACUUCGCAUAGCUCGCACAUUCAGGGAUGUAUACAAAUAAGCAACGAGCUUAAACAGCGAAAAAUGGGGGAAGAGGCGAUCAAGGGCCAGGAGUUAAUUCGCGAAUUGCACAAGGAGCUGCUUGGUGUAUCCUCCGUUAUUCAGUCGGACUCUCUUCUUCGCCAAGGACCUGAAAGUGAAGAACUGAACAAGCAGUUCAAGACACGAUUGUCGCAACAACAUCAUCGAGGGCUUUAA